AUGAUGGGCACUGGCUGGGCUCAUCGAGAUGAUCAACCGUAUAGCGGCAAUGGUCUGCUCGCGGCGGUUGCGACUCUUGCGGCAGUGCAGAUCAUUCUCGUCGCGCUGAGAUUCUAUACUCGACAUGUGCAGCGCAUGCGAUAUGGCCUGGAUGACUAUCUCCUCCUGCUGGCCUUGAUGGGGAGUCUGGCUCGAUCUGCUAUUUACAUUAUGUUGGCCAAGAGUGCAGGGCUUGGCUAUCACAUCGACUACAUGGCCCAAAUGCCCGAGAAGCUGGAAACCAUUCGAAAGGGCAUCUUCGCUAUCCAAAUCCUCGACUACCCCUUCGGCGUCACCCCGGCCAAAAUGGCUCUAAUCCUCUUCUACGUGCGCAUCUUCCCCGUGCGCAAGUUCCAGAUCUUCGCCUACAUUGUCGGAUCUGUUGUCGUCGCGCUCGGCGUUGCAGUGCUUUUCGAGACUAUCUUCCAAUGUCGGCCUAUCCCAUAUAACUGGGAUAAAACCAUCUCUGGUGGAUCGUGCGUCGAGCACACAGAUAUCUACCGCUAUGUCUCGCCUGUCAAUGUUGUGACGGGCGUGCUGAUCCUGGUAAUGCCCAUGCCAUUGGUGUGGAGAUUGCAUAUCCCGAGGGGACAGAAGAUUGCCCUGACGGUGGUGUUUCUGCUAGGUGGGCUAGGAACUGUGGCCAGUAUCUUGCGCAUGGCCGUGUACUUGGUACAGAUCAAAGCUGCCAUGAAUGAUCCAACCUGGUACUCCGUCGAGCUGGGCAUCUUGACAGUCCUCGAAGGUGCUCUCCUCAUCAUCGCCGCCUGUCUGGUCGGUAUCUGGCCUCUGGUCACCCGCAUCAUGUCCCGGCGCCUUUCUACAAUGCUCAUGUGCAACACGCCGCAGGAACGGCAGCACCAAUACUGGUACAUGCGAGACAAUCAGGCACCCAGCAAAAGCCAGGAAGGACUCGCGCGUUGCAGAGAAACUACUGAGGCUCAGCGGGAGGACAGCUGGAGCACGCCGUCAUCAUUGGCAGAUCUCGAGGAUCAGCGAUGGUCAGUGUUUGUCGACGAGGGCGUUGCUGAGUCUCGCCCUUGUCGAUUAGCUGGAUCUCAAAAUACCCCAUAUGUAAAAUAG